UGCGGGCGGCUGUGGUCGUGACCCGAGUCUCCGGUGUUUCCUUCAGGGCCUGGGGCUCUAUCCUCGCGCCAGUCGCCCGCGCCCCGGGAUCUCCAGAUGAAGUGUGAGCACUGCACGCGCACGGAAUGCAGUAAGAAAACAAAAACGGAUGACCCAGAAAAUGCAGUGGUGGCUGCAACAAGUCCGGCCCGGGAAAAGGAAGAAAAGGGAGAAUUCCAUAAGUUGGCUGAUGCCAAAAUAUUUCUGAGUGACUGCCUGGCAUGUGACAGCUGCAUGACUGCAGAGGAGGGGGCCCGGGUUUCCCAGCAGAAUGCCGAGGACUUCUUCCGGGUUCUGAACCUCAAUAAGAAAUGUGAUACCUCGAAGCACAGAGUGCUGGCAGUGUCUGUGUGCCCUCAGUCUUUGCCUUAUUUUGCUGCUAAAUUCAACCUCAGUGUGACUGAUGCCGCCAGAAGACUCAGUGGCUUCCUCAAAAAUUUGGGGGUGCACUACGUGUUCGUCACGACCGUUGCUGCUGACUUCAGCAUCCUGGAGAGCCAGAAGGAGUUUGUGCGGCGCUACCAGCAGCACAGUGAGGACGAGCGGGCGCUGCCCAUGCUGACCUCUGCCUGUCCCGGUUGGGUCCGGUACGCUGAGCGGGUGCUGGGGAGCCCCAUCACCCCCCACCUCUGCACUGCCAAGUCCCCGCAGCAGAUCAUGGGCUCCCUGGUGAAGGACUACUUCGCCAGACGGCAGAACCUCUCUCCAGAUAAACUCUUCCAUGUCAUCGUGGGCCCCUGUUACGACAAGAAGCUGGAAGCUCUGCGAGAGGACGUGCACGGUGUGGGCUCAGGCACCUCGCAGGGCGUGGACUGCGUGCUGACGUCAGGUGAGCUCCUGCAAAUGAUGGAGCAGAGUGACCUCACUGUGAAGGACGCGGCUGUGGACACACUGUUCCGAGACUUGACUGAGGAAGAGAUCCAGCGCCACGAGGGAGCUGGCUCGGACGGGUACCUGGCCCACGUCUUCCGACACGCUGCCAAGGAGCUGUUUGGCGAGGACGUGGAGAAGGUCACCUAUCGAGCCCUGAGAAACAGAGACUUCCAGGAGGUCACCCUGGAGAAAGAUGGGGAGGUGGUGCUGCGCUUCGCCGCUGCCUACGGCUUCCGAAACGUGCAGAACGUGGUCCUGAAGCUGAAGAAGGGCAGGCUCCCGUACCACUUUGUGGAGGUCCUGGCAUGUCCCGGAGGGUGCUUGCAUGGCAGAGGCCAGGCCCGGGCUGAGGACGGGCCUGCAGACAAGGUGCUGUUGCAGCAGAUGGAAGACAUCUAUGCAGAGGUCCCCACUCGGCCCCCUGAGGCCAGCGCACAGGUGCGGACGCUUUACCAGGAGUGGCUGCACGGGGCUGACCCCCCAAGGGUGCAGGAAGCACUGCACACUUCCUUCCCCAGCGCUGGGCUCGCUGCCAGCAGCUUAGACAUCAAGUGGUAGAAGAGGCGGCACAGGGGCCAGGGCCUGGGAACUUGGAGAUGCUCCCCCAGGCUUAGAUCUGCUCCUUCUUUGAUGGGCACAGUCCUCUCACUUCCACUGCCCGCCUUACCUGAGGUCCCUUACCCAUUUAUUUAUGUGGUGCUAUUUUCAUGACGUGCAGGACAUUGGAGCUUUUUAACAGGAACGGAGGUGGUACCUGAUGUGAGUGGCCUCACCCUCAGACUGCGAUAGGAUCCCAAAGAAAAGAACAGAGGCAGGCUAGUGAUUUAGGUCUAAAAAUAAAUCCAAACCAUGCCCUUGGGAGAACUGAGACCCCCACCCCCGGGUCUGGCCCAUGUGCUUCAAGGUCGUCUGAGGCAGAAAUGAAGGUGGGCAGGCUGUAGCCCCUGGCUGACUUGGGGCCUGUGGGUUGGCCUGGCUGCCCAGUGGUGGCUGUGCCUGCAUGGCGUUUCCCAGCCUGGCUCCAUCUGCUGAGACUCCAGGUUUUGCCGUUUAUGUUCCUCUUAUAAAGAUAUUGUUUAGACCUUGGAACAGGGCAUCAGCCUGCUGGGAGUCCAGGGCUUCAUCCUGAAGCCCUCCAGCCUGCCCCGUAGGCUACCUUUUACAUUCACUUUCUCACCCCAACCGGAACAAGGCGGAAAUACCCGUGGUGUCCUGAUCCAGCAAAGAACCAGAGAUGAGCUGGGAGUUCUUUCCGAGCGCAGACAACCUGGUGCAGCAGUGGUUCUGGUGGGGGGCAAAUCUGAGGGCCCAGCUCUGGUACCAGCCGGCCGACCAGCCCCAGGCAGGCAGGAGCAGGAGCAGGCUGGGGAAGGGUGAAGAUCACCGUGUUGAGUCCGCCUGUGACGUGUGGGCAGUCUGUAACUAGGCCUCGAGCUGAUUUGUGAGCACCUGGGUCCACUAACGGGCAUGGCAUUCUUUCACCCUCAGGGUAAUUAAAGCCUCAGCCGACAGGGUCACCUUCACCCCAUCUGAUGUCGUACCUGUAGGCCUCUGUGUUGGGAACCGGUAUAUUGGGUUGGAUUGUACAUACAGUUUUUGCUUUCAGUCUACAUACCAUUGGGUGUUCACCCCUGAAUAACUGAUUGUGGAAUAAAGCCUUGAAGAGCA